UAUCUGUGCCACUUGCCAUGAACAUGCUACCUGCUCGAAAAUAGGAAGGAUGAGCAUCUGUAUGUGCAAAUAUGGAUUUGUGGGCAAUGGGAGGACUCAUUGUAUUGAUAAAGAUGAGUGCCAAUUUGGAGCCAGUGUGGUCUGUGGGAACCACACAUCUUGCCACAACACACCCGGAGGCUUUUAUUGCAUUUGCCUGGAAGGGUAUCGAGCCACGAACAACAACAAGACAUUCAUCCCCAACGACGGCACCUUUUGCACAGACAUAGAUGAGUGUGAGGUUUCCAGCCGGUGCAGGCAUGGAGGACGGUGUGUGAACACUCGUGGGAGCUAUGAAUGCUACUGUAUGGAUGGAUACUUGCCAAAAGGUGGACCUGAGCCUUUCCAUCCGACCAGAGAUGCCACGUCAUGCACAGAAAUAGACUGUGGGACUCCUCCUGAGAUUCCAGGUGGCUAUAUCAUAGGAAAUUAUACCUCUAGGCUUGGCAGUCAGGUUCAUUAUGCUUGCAAAGAAGGAUUCUUCAGUGACUCAGAAGAUACAGUUUCAAGCUGCACAGCCGUGGGCACGUGGGAGUCCCUCAAAUUAAAUUGCCAAGAGAUCGACUGCGGCCGCCCUCCAGAAGUGCAGCACGCGGUCCUAGAGGGGAACCACAGCUCCAGACUGGGCAGUGUGGCUCACUAUGUCUGUCUGGAGGGCUUUGAGAGCCCCGGAGGAAAGAUCACUUCCGUUUGCACAGAGAAGGGCACCUGGAGAGCGAGUGCUUCGUCCUGCUCAGAAAUAAUUAUAGAAAUUAAUGAGGUGUCGGUGUUUAAUAACACCUGUGUGAGGUGGCAAAUAAACCCAGGAAGAAUAAACUCCAAGAUCGAAUAUGUGAUAUACAUAAAAGGACAACGGUUGGAUCCCCUGGAAUCAGGUCAUGAGGAGACAGUUAAUUUGACCACAGAGAGCAGGACCCCAGAAGUGUGCCUAGACCUGAGCCAGGGCACCAACUACACGGUGAACAUUUCUACAGCCCCUCCCCGACGCUCGGUGCCAGCCGUCAUUGAGCUCCAGACAGCUGCAAUGCCCAGUGUAGGGCUCCUCCAUCAGCCUGGAUCCCAGAGUAAAGAUGACAAGGGUCAGAGUUGCAGCCAACUUGUGAAGGGCGUGUGGCACGAGUGA